UCCAUCAGUGUCUCCAAAACUCUCCGUGGUCAGGGAAAAGAGUGGUGCUAGCGAGAUGCCUGGCCGCGGUCUGCUUGGUGCCGAUGGAGCUGCAGGAGCGAGGAAGAACAAGAUGGUCAAGAUCGCUGUGACAGCUCUGGCCAUGGUGCUGCUGCUCACGGCGGCGGCUGUUUCCACGGCGCCCGACGGCCGUGGCCGGCUCCGCGCCUUCUUCAUGAUGAUCUGCGUGCUCUCCCAGAUCAACCUGGGCCGCCUUCUGGCGAGGGAGGCUGUUCGGGCGCGGACGACGGCGGCCCGGCGGUGCUACGCGGUGAGCGCCGUCGCGUGCUGCCUGGAGCUCGCGCUCAAGCUGUACAUGAUCCUGGUGCUGUGCCCGGCGGGGGUGGAGGAUGGUGUUCACUGUUUAGGUACGCCGCGCUCGGGUGGAUGUGCCUGCCAAAGGAUCGAAGAUUGAUCAUUUCUUAGUCUGGAGAUGUGCCGUUUUGUGUAGUUCCUACUCUGCUAAGCUAGUACAAGUUUGGAAGGGGCCUGUCUUAAGGUGUUUUAGUUUCAAUUUGCCACAGCAGCUUUGGUGUGGCUGUAGUCUGGAUUUGAAUUUGUUUAGUUGAAGCCAGUGAGGCUAUUCCGUGAGCAACAUUUCUUAUUCUUGACGCGGCAGUAGUUUGCAACCACAUCUUCAAGUGCGCGUAGGUCGUUUCACUGUGCAAUCAACCUGAUCUUUUCUUUAACCACUUUGUAUCAGUUCCUUUAGACUGUAACCUGUACUCUCUGGUUGUAUCGUUAAACCCCAGUGAA